CGGCUCCUUCCUGUCUCACUGUGUGUUGUCUUUCGGCGGUUAGCACAAUGUGCUAAAAUGUUAUCAACGGAUUCGUGUCAAUAUUCGACCAGUGACCAGUUUCCAGUUGAGGCUUCAGUUCUUUCCUCUGAGAAUCAGCACGAAGGUUUAGGAAUUAAGCAAUCUGCGCCACUGAGUGGUAAACAACGACGAGCCUGUCUGAAAAGGGAAAGAAGAAAAAGAAAACGUCAAGCUCUUGCUAAACUCAGAGAAUGUGGUGCUGACCAGUUUGAAAUUAAGCAAGACCAAGUUGAUGAUGAUGAUGAUGAGGAGGAGGAGGAGGAGGAUGAAGAGCAGAGAGAGCGAGCGCGUCUACACCAGGAAUGGCUGGAGAGAGAGACAAUUGCUCAAGAGGAAUUUAGGCUGAAGAAAGAGAGAGAAGAGGCCGCUCGGGAGAAAAAGGAGGACGAAGAGAGGAGGAUCAGGGAGGAAUGGGAGGAACAGCAGAGAAAGGAAAGAGAGUUGCAGGAGCAGAAACAGCAGGAGAAGAGAGACAGAGAGGAAGCUGUACAGAAACUGUUGGAUCAAGCAGAAAGCCAGCUGGAAAAUGGAGGUUCUUGGAAAAACCCCGAUGCCCCAGUGGAUUACGGGACGGAAAAGGACAAGGCCAACUGCCCCUUUUUCAUUAAAACUGGAGCUUGCAGAUUUGGAGACAGAUGCUCCAGAAAACAUGAUCACCCCUCAUCAAGUAGCACUUUGAUGGUCCGGGGUAUGUUUGUGACAUUCGCCAUGGAGCAGAGCAGACGCGAUGACUAUGAUACAGACGCCAGUCUCGAGUACAGCGAGGAAGACAUGCGGCAGCAGUUUCUGGAUUUCUAUGACGACGUUCUUCCAGAAUUCAGGAAUGCGGGCAAAGUUGUGCAGUUCAAGGUGAGCUGCAACUUUGAACCCCACUUAAGAGGCAAUGUUUAUGUACAGUAUGACACUGAGGAUCAGUGCAAAGAGGCGUUUAUGAUGUUUAAUGGACGGUGGUAUGCAGGGAGGCAAAUGCAGUGCGAGUUCUCUCCUGUGACCAAGUGGAAAACAGCCAUAUGUGGACUUUUUGACAGGCAUAAGUGUCCAAAGGGGAAGCACUGUAACUUCCUCCACGUGUUUCAAAACCCAGGAAAUGAAUUCUGGGAGGCAGACCGUGACCUCCAUUUGUCCUCUGAUCAUGAUUGGGGCCUCAGUGGACGUAACAGGGCACAGUCACAGCGCGGCCAUAGCCCUGAACAGUCUCGCAACAGACAGGGUGACAGGAGGAACCGUAGCCGUGAGAAACAAAGCCACAGAUGGAGGCGGAGCCGUAGCAGAGAGAGGUGGAGCCGUAGCAGGGAGAGGCGGAGUCGUAGCAGAAGCAGAGAGAGUCGCAGGGCCCGUCUUCCUCUGAGAAGAGAAAAAGGUUCCUUAAACAAUCGAGGCAGAAGAAGCAGAAGCCAUGAGAGACGCAGAUCAUGUAGCCGAGGCAGAGAAACAGAUUCUCAGAGUGGAGGUCGCCAUUUGCAUGCAGACUCGAGAUCUUCGAGAUCAGAAUCAAACAACCAUGAAGAACAAUUUAAAAAUAGCUCCAGCAAGAGGAAAAGGAGUGAAAGCAAAAGCCCAAAAAAUGGUGCAUCCUCAGCAGAUGCGAAUACUUCCUUACAUCACCACAAACGCUCUAAAAAGAGCAAGAAAAAGAAAAAGAGCAAAAAGAAGCAAAAGCGAAAGAGGAGCAAAUCCUGCAGCGUCAGUUCUUCAGCAGCUUCUGCUAUAGAGUCAGAGGAUGAUGAAGACACGAGAAAAAGCAAAGAUAAACAAAACACAGAAAAGGCUGGAGAGGAUGCAGAGAUCGACGAGAACCUCGAUUCAGUUCAAGAUGAUAAGGAAAUUAAAUCAAGUCCCCCUGAAGCCACUGGUACUACACCUGCGAGCAUCGCUACUGAAAGUGGCCCUGAUUAAUGAGCUGAAAAGGAAAAGACAUUGCUGUAUUUCCUGAUUUUGGUUUCAACAAAAAUCUCUUCUCAUCACUUUUGAUAUGUAAAUAAACGUGGUUAACAUUUGA